ACUCUGGAGGAAGAGUUGGACGCAACGGCCACACCGAAAUCACAACAGUGGCAAGGGAAUCAAGCUAUUAGUAACAUCAACAUCCCGCCCAUUCCCAUGCGGAUAGUUGUCGUAGACCAUUGCAUGGUAAACGUUCAACUCGAGGGUGCCGGGAUGUCAAACGAUGCGCACAGUUUCUGGUCAGAGGGGGAUCAAUACGAUGUCUUGGUUAGAUUAGAACGUGAUUCACCUGGAGAAAAAGACCCUUAUGUAAAUCUCUUCACUUGGCGGGUCUUGCCACCGCACCGGAUCCCAGCUGUCAGCGGGAUUUUAGGAAAGCCGAUCGUCGUUAUGGACGUGGGUGGAGGUCAGCGGGAGGGAGAAAAGCCAUUCAACCACCUGCGCUGCCAACACGCUGACCUCGACCUCUCCUCGACGAUGACGGAAAUUUGGAGUUUCCGAGCACAACAGAGAUUUCUGACUAAACCUGCUCGCAUGCACGUUUCUCCUAGUCAAGUGACUGGUCAACAUAGGGGUGAAGAGUGUUGGCGAGCAGCUCGCGACGAUAUAAACCCCACCAAAUCGGCUUGA